AUGAGGGGAGCCCCGGCUUCUAGAGACAGCAGGGAGGCCCAGUACAGCUCGCAUGGUGAAAGAGAGCUUAAUAUUCGUAUAUAUGUAACUCUUAAGAAAUCGUACGAAGGAGAUGAUGAUUAUAAAAAGCUAAGCAUCAUGACUCAUAACGGCCAGUAUAUAGCGGAGCUUAAGAGGAAAAUUGAGAAGGAGUUUGUCGACCUUUUCCCAAGUGAACCUCCUUAUAUUGUAGCUAAAAUAGAAGAUGACAAAGGAUACUCCCUUUCGAAUAAUUCCUUGGUCGGUGAGUUCCUCCAACAUGGCGAUCGGAUAUAUGCCCAACCUGAAGGAAUUUCGGAGUUUAGAGCAGCCCCUGGCGUCGAUUCUGUUAAAGGCCUUCAUGGUGGAGGUAAUAGCCAGGAUUUGUUAGAGAUGCUUAAGAACUUGCAGAGUAGCGUAGUCGCAAAGCUUGCUUCAUCAGACCUUCAUCUGCAUGAAGACAUUGAAGAUUUAUUGAACAAUGUGAUUAAUCUGGGAUUUUCGACAAACAGCAACCUGACUCAUAACAUCUGAACGAUUUUGAGUAAAGUAUUUACUCCUUUCUCAGUUCAGAUAUAUGAUAAAGAGAGCAAUAGAAAUUUACAAGACUUGACAAUAUUGCUGCUCCAAUAUUGGCUAAACGAGAUGUGUCAGAAUGAUACCUAUCUAAUGACUCAUUCAAUUCUUAUCAUUGAGAACUUGAUCAUAUGUCCAUCGUUAUGGGAGCUGCUUAAAGGGUCUCCAAUCGUAGCUAGAUUGCUUGCCUUAUCAAAAUCAAGUGCUGCAACAGGAGAGACUAGGAGUAAAAUUAUACGAAUUGUGACCAGUCUUUCUAAGGAUUCAGCACCUCCAAAGCCGCCCAAAGAGGGUCCAAGAGGUAAUAAGUAUGAGAAUGUGAAUAUUCGGCUUUACCCUGAGAGACCAGAAAAUGUUAAGCCUUACAUCCCUCAACCUAGGAAGCCUAUGAGUAGGAAGAUGCAAGCUCCACAGAGGAUGAUCGAGCCUUAUUCUCAUCCAGAGCCCAGAAGACAAGGGAGGAUAGCCUCAAGAGGAAGGGAGUCUCUAAGAAAGGUAGGCUAUGAUGCCAUACAUCCGGGCAGCAGAGCUGGCCCAGUUGAUUACAACCAAUUAGAAGAGCAGAAAGGGUACCCUUCUGAGCCUCAGUCAAUGCCAUAUGAGUCUCCUGCGCCAAGGCCAAUGAAGAGCCAGGCUGAAAAACUAAAUAGAAAUAUGUUCGAUCAAAGUGAAGUAGUUGAUAAUGAGUACCAGUUUCCGCUUGAUGGAGGGGCUCGAAGAAACCCGAUGGUCAAGCUCCCCUUCAAUGAUAAUUUACUGCAUGAUUACUGCCUUAUGUUGGACAAAGACAAUAACAGAGAUAUUAACAUAUUCGCUAUUCAGAGUUUGGAGCCACUGAUCAAGGACUGAGCAAAAGUUGUAGUCAAUGACCAAGAGAAACUAAUGAGCGUCUUUAACCUAGUCGAAAUGUUUACGCUUCCAUUUGAAGCACAAGAUGGUCAGUUCAAGAUCCUUGAUGCUAUCACUGAGUACAUAAAUGAAGGGGCAGCUAAGACUAUUAUAAAGAGAAGUGGGAUACCUAGAAUAAUGAAAGCUUAUAACUAUCAUGCUCCGAAUUACCAACAAAGCAUAUCGAAUCUCUUAGAAGUGAUUUGUGAAAAAGGACUACAGAGCCUUGAUGUUCCUACAAUAAUUUCUGUUGCAUUAUGUCCAUUCCCUUCACUUCAGAGCAUUGGUGUGGAUACCUUAGCUAUAAUGAGUGAUAACUCAACAGAUGGAGUAAAGCACUUAGACUCUGAGUUUGAGAAUCAUAUUCCAUUCCUUUUUGAAGCUUAUCAUACUUCAAAAACAUUGUCGAAUGAUGCCAAGAACCAUCUACUGCAGACUUUGGCUAAUCUGUCCGUGAGGGAUUACUUGAGGCCUAUUAUUAUGGAUCAUAAGGGUCUGAAGGUAUUCCUGGAUGCUCUCAGAUCCCAUUCUAAUGUUCAAGGUCAGAGAAUAGCUGCUAAGGGGCUUGUCAACCUUACUGCGGGCAAGCGGGAGUCACGUCUGACUGUCAUUUCAGAGCUAUCUGAGGAAAUUAAAGCUUUAUAUAAGAACAAUCUGGAUCCAGUGGUCGGAGCCUAUAUUCAAACUAUGAUUCACCCUGAUAAUAAAUAA